UAAAGGUAGUAUAAACUGACAUUAUGGAAACACCAAAACAAAAUCACAUUGACAAGAAUGACUUUGAUCAUGUUUACGAACCAGCGGAAGACAGCUAUCUGCUAAUUGAUGCGUUGGAAAAGGACUUGCAAUAUUUAAAAAGUAAGAAUCCAACAUUUUGCUUAGAAGUAGGCUCAGGCAGUGGUAUAGUAAUCACAGCUUUCGGAAUGGCAUUUCCGAAGACAGUAUGUUUCAGCACAGACAUCAAUUUCAAAGCUUGCUCCAUGUCUAAAAGUACAGCAUUACAAAACAAAGUUAUGUUGGAGACAAUCAAUAUGGAUCUAGGAAGUUGUUUUAUUGGUAACAAAUUUGAUGUUUUACUUUUUAAUCCACCGUAUGUUGUAACUGAUUCCGAUGAGUGUGGAAGUUGUGAUAUAACUGCGAGUUGGGCUGGUGGGAUAAAAGGUCGGGAAGUAACAGAUAGAAUGCUUGAUUUAAUACCAAAGAUACUUACUGUUGAUGGUACGUUUUACCUAUUGUUAAUUGAAGAUAACAUUCCAAAUGAAGUUAUAUCCAUCAUGGCUGAGUACGGUUUUAAUUCAGAUAUUGUUAUAAAAAGAAGAGUAAGAAAUGAAUGUCAGUUAGUUGUAAAAUUUUUUCAAGAUAAAAAUAUUUGAACUGACAUGUAUUGCAAUGUCCAAUUGAAAAUAACCUAAAAGGUCUAAGUAAUCAAAAUAAUAUCAAUGAAGAUAUAUUUUUUAAUUUUAUAAGGAACAAUGUCAAAGUUUUAAUAUGCUCAAUGAUUUUAGAACACAUAAUAGACCAUAAACAUACAAAUAUGAUUUUUUUAUUUGUAUAGAUUAUACUGAACAAAUGUAUCUCAAAGCAAGUUGGACCAUUUAGAUGGUAAAAUUACAACAUAAAUUAUCUAAUAAUAAUGAUUCCAUUCCAUAGAGAAAAAAACAUUUUUGCAUAUUUUUUAUGUUAAUAAAUUAAAUGCA